ACGAUGGUCACUAUAGUUGUUUACUAUCCCGCCGAACGAACAGUCGCAGUGCUUCGCGUUUGUUCUCCAUAAUUGUACACAGCAAACUGCAAAUUUUUUUUCGAAAUACUAUCUAAUUUUUUUCUCGUUGUUAUUACUGUUAAUUUGUUUUACCAUCAUGAUCCGUUGUCAAAUAUACACAACGAUCGUCAUCGCGUUCGGAUAUUUCAUUUUGCUACCCAAUUACUGCGAAGCCAUUAACUGUUGGGUAUGUUCUACGGACACCGACCAACGUUGCAACGACCCGAUGAAUAUGACCAAGAGUGCAAUUGAAGAUUGCAGUAGAGCACCUCACUCGGCAUUCUUGCAACCUGUGUGUAAGAAACAGAAACAAAGAGUGAACGGAGAGCUGAUGAUAAUCCGAUCGUGUGCGUGGGCGUCGGACAGCCGCAGCGACGACGGCCCGUGCGCCAUAAACACCCCGGCCAACAUACGCAUCGAGCACUGCAGCACGUGCGACCAAGACUUGUGCAACGGCGCUACUUCGCACGUCGGGAGCACGUUGUUCCGGACCGCGAUCCUGGCGACCGUGGCCAAACUCGCUUCCAACGCGUUCCGGAACUAGACGGCAUCGCGUCGCGUGCACCGCGAUACCACAUUACCCGCGGUCCACUGUCCGUUACCCGUGCGCGUCGUACCUCUAACAAUUCCGAAUCGCCUACCACCUAUAAAUAUUCAACACGUCUAUAAUCUCGAAUUAUGUAUUAUUGAUUUGAUUUUACUUUAUAACAUUUAUGAUUAUGUUACGGUUAAAGUUUACGCUUCACUCUAACGGUUGUACGAGCAAAACACACAUUCUUAUUUAUUAUUAUUAUUAUUGUUAAAACUAUCGUUAUCCUUUUUAUUUUCUUUGUGUACACGAGGUACGUGUGUACAUUUUAAUUGAUUCAUGUAUUGGAUACGUUAUAAACUAGCAUACGUAACGACACACACUACACUUGUAGCUUAAAUGUUUGUAUUGUUAAUCGAUGUACCAACAUGUGAUUUGUUUGUAUUGAAUACCACCUAAUUUUUAUUGCGGUACGUCGGUGUGCCUAUACGAUUAUUUUUAUGAAUAACUUAUAAUUUUAUAAAAAAUAAUACCGUAAGUAUAAAUUUCGUGUUUUAUAGGAACAAAAGUAAAUCCAUUAUUAUUAUAAUUUUUCUAUUCUUAAAUAUAACGCUUUACGUAAUAUUGUGUAAGUACCUAUAUUAAGU